AUGGAGAGAAGAAUAUUAGGUAUGCGUUAUAUGAGUAUACGAGUGUAUCUUGGGGUACAUGAACCCAGCGAAUUAGGUGACAGGCCUCAUGUUUUGUUCAAGAGAUCAACGCUACAAGCAGAGGGUUUGCAUAGGAAACGAAAACGAAAGAAGAAACGGCGCGCAGGCAAUUGCGGAACAAAAGAACCAAAGAAACGAACCAUGAUAUUCGAAACCGCCAGAAUAAAAAGACAGCAGGGUAAUUUGUUAUCGAGAAGAGCAAGAUCGAUCAGCAGACCUCGACAUGUCGAAACUUUGCUGGUGGCUGACAAAUCGAUGGUGAACUUCCACAGCGAUACAGAUAUUGAAGCAUAUUUGUUGACAAUUAUGAACAUGGUAAAUUCAAUUUACCAAGACCCCUCAUUAGGAAACUUCGUCCACGUUGCUGUGGUGCGCAUAGUUUUACUAGAAGACGACCUGGACGUCCUUCUGGAGCAAGAAUUAGCUCAUAUAGAUCACAAACACAAUAUUCAUGAAGAUGGUGACGUAAAAAUCACCGACAACCCUCCUGGUACAAGCAGGAGUAAAAGACACAUUGCUUUGGCUGAUAAAUCUAAUUGGAAUAAUGGUGGUUAUUCAAACGUGUUAAAAAAAUUCUGCCGCUGGCAAAGAUUAGCGAACACAGCAAGUGAUCACCAUGCCCUGCACCACGAUGCAGCUGUCCUGGUGACCAGGACAAGUCUAUGUACUGGUGACGCCAAUCCAUCAGAAAAAGUAAAUGAAGACGAUGGUGGAUCAUGUAGCACCUUAGGCGUCGCCAAUGUGGCAGGAAUGUGCAAUCCAGGGAAAUCGUGCAGCGUCAACCAGGACAACGGGAUAACUUUGGCUCAUACGAUAACACACGAAUUAGGCCACAAUUUCGGUAUGUAUCACGAUGAUAGCGCUACUGGUGGUUGUACGGGAAGAACUGGUAGUACGGUUCAUGUGAUGACACCUAGUUUUGAGGCAGAUGCCGUUCAGGUUGCCUGGUCCAAAUGCAGUAGGCGUGAUAUUACUAAUUUUCUGGACCAAGGCUUGGGAAAGUGUCUAGAAGAUCCACCACCACAAGUUUAUAAAUUCCCAGAAUCUCCUCCAGGUGUUUUAUACGAUGCAGUUCAACAAUGCAGAAUGCAAUUCAAUUUGAGCAGCUCCACAUCAAAUACAACAUUUUCAAAUCAACCAGGAGAUUCUAAUAUCGAAGGUCCUGUUCCUUGUUCACCGCCGGACGAGAUAUGCUCCAGGCUCUGGUGCGAGUUCGACGGCGUUUGUUCGACUCUGCUGCGACCUGCAGCAGAGGGAACUACUUGCGGCGAAGGAAUGUGGUGUCAAAAUCAACAAUGCGUCCCAAAAGCGCCAACGCCUCCUGCAAUUCACGGCAGUUGGGGUCCUUGGGGUUCCUGGACAUCAUGCAGCAGGGGUGGAUCAGAUAAUCAAAACCAAAAAGAAUAUACAGAUUUAGAUCCCAAUAUCUGUAUUGGCGGAAUCCAGAGCCAAAGUCGAGAAUGCGAUUCACCAAAACCGAAACACGGAGGAAGGUUUUGUGUUGGAGAAAGAACCAGAUAUAGGGUAUGCACAAGCCAAUUUUGUCCAGAAGAUUCGACCAGUUUUCGUGCAGAACAAUGUUCAAGCAAAAACAACGAGAGCUACCAUGGGAAAUUCUAUGAAUGGUUGCCGUAUUUUGAUAAAAACGACCCUUGCCAACUAUAUUGUUACGACACAUCCGACACCCUGCUGGUUUCCUUUGGAGAAAACGUGCAGGACGGAACCUUUUGCAAUCCUCCCACUUCUGAUAUGUGCAUUUCAGGAGUAUGCAGAAAAGUCGGUUGCGAUAUGAAGGUCGGCUCUGAGUUACGAUUGGACGCUUGUGGAGUCUGUGGCGGAGAUGGAAGCUCUUGUGAUAAAGUAACAGGUAUCUUCAAUGUGUCUAGAGAUGUCGCCACUCAAGAGGUUCGAAUCGUCGGAACUGUACUCGAGAACGCAACCGGUAUCAUUUUGCGCGACGAUGGGGAAACGUCGAAAAUAUUAGUGGUGUCCAAUGAACAAAAUACCACAAAGGGAUUUGUGGACGAAUUGAAAAAAAAAUCCUUACAAGGUGAAUACAAAGUCGAAGGGUCAAUUGUUUUUCAAGAAAGAAUUGCAGGAGCAAACAAACUCAUGUUAAAUGGACCUCUAAAAAAGAUGAUAUACGUUUAUUUAAUUCAAGAAAGUGUUAUAGAAGAAAUUUUGUCGCCAAAUUCACAAAACACAGGAGUAUUGUACGAGUAUUAUGUUAAUAAAAAAGGACUGCACUGAAAUCCUGAAAAACUUAUAAUGUCCGGCAAAGAAACUUGAAACAUAGAUGCUCCUACAACAACA